AUGUCUGCGUCAACAACAGAAGGAACAUCAACCCCCACGGGGUCGCUGUAAGCACCUUUCAGUGCAUCUACCACCCAUCCUCGCCGACCCAGUCGCAACGUCAGGGCUUCGCUGACAGGCGAAUCCUCGCGGUGCUGACUACCGGCCCAUCACCACGUCUUUCCAUUUUGCAGUUCGGCCAGCCAGAAGUAUGAGAUCAUCACACAGAACCUUGCUGAGGUCUUGGGCGGUGACGCGAUGAAGGCCACGCUCGAGGAGCGCGAUCUCGUCGCUUACUGGGGUACAGCACCCACCGGAAGGCGUGAGUUGGCAUACAGCCCCUUGCCAAUGACUUGUCUUUCAGGGAUGCCGGCACACCUUUACGUUAGAGGACCUGGCCCCGGGAUGACUUCCUUCGCACGAUUAGCUUCGAACUCGGCGGGGGCAUGGGUCCACAGAGCGCUGCGAGGAUCGCCGGCAGAACUCACGACUAAUCGGUUCUUGCUCCAUCGAUCACAGCGCACUUGGGAUACUUUGUUCCGUUAGCCAAGCUCGCGGACUUCAUCACCGCAGGCGUCGAAGUCAAGAUCUUGCUGGCUGGUCAGUUUCGGCUCAAGUUGCUCUGCUAUGCUCCGAUCACCCCCAGCUGACAAUGACCGUUCCCUCAUGCUGAUCCAACCAGACGUCCACGCAUUCCUCGACAACCUCAAAGCUCCGCUCGAGCUCGUCCAAGCCCGCGCCGAGUACUACCGCUUGCUCAUCAGCUCCGUUUUCCGCUCGCUGCACCUCUCGCUCGACCAGGUCAAGUUCGUCGUCGGGUCGUCGUACCAGUACUCGGCCGAGUACAACCUCGACAAGUACAAGCUCACCUCCAUCACCUCCGAGCACGAUGCGCGCAAGGCCGGGGCUGAGGUCGUCAAGCAGGUUUCCAGCCCGCUGCUCAGUGGUCUUUUGUACCCUCUUUUGCAAGCCCUCGACGAGGAGUAUUUGGGUGUCGAUUUCCAGUUCGGUGGUGUCGAUCAGGUAAGCAACGCGGGACGAUUCCUCUCGAGAUCAGCCUUUUGGAACCUGACGACUUCUACGGACCCCCUCUUUUGUCCCCGAGCAGCGCAAGAUCUUCACCUACGCCGAGCUCUACCUCCCCAAGCUCGGCUACAAGAAGCGCUCGCACUUGAUGAACUCGAUGGUUCCCGGUCUCUCCGGAGGUAAGAUGUCGUCCUCGGACCCGAACUCCAAGAUCGAUUUCCUCGACACCCCGGCUCAAGUCAAGACCAAGAUCCAGAAAGCCCAUUGCGCACCUGGCGAAGUCGAAGGUAACGGCGUACUUGCUUUCAUUAGGAACGUCGUCAUCCCGAUCGGGAAAUUGAUGAGUGGGCAAGGUCGAGCUUCGGAACGAGCCUGGGCCGAUUCGGACGACGUCGUUUUCACCAUCAAGGGGGACCCCAAACACGGUGGUCAGGCGCGCAGUUUCGCUUCCGCCGACGACCUCGAAAAGGCCUACGCCGCGAACGAGAUUCACCCUGGUGACCUCAAAAUCGCCGUCGUGCAAGCGAUCAACGCUUUGCUCAAACCGAUUCAGGACGACUUCAACGGUUCGGAGGCGUUCAAGACCGCCGAGGCCAAGGCGUACCCGCCCGAAGUCAAGGCAACAAAACCCAAGAAGGAGAAAAAGUUCACACCCAAGCCUGAGCACUUGAAGACACCAGAGGAGAAGGCGAGGGAUGCUGCUGCUGCUGCUGCCGCCGCAGGUGGGGCGGAAGCUGAGACAGGGAAGGCGAGUGGUGUCGAGUCGACCGGGGAUCUGAAGAAGGCUUUGGAUGCAGUAGCGAACUGA